UCGCAAGUUGGUAUAUUAAAAUAUAGUCAUUCAAAUGGCAAAUAUUUGUUAAAAUGUUGUAUUUUAUUAUUAGGUUCUAACGUUUCCAAGUUCAACAUAGAAACUACUAUAAUAGUAUAACUGUUAUAUGAAUUUAACUUUUGCAAAACGCAGUUUCCAGUAGGUAUAUCCUAUAAAACGAAGUAUAAAAUCGUGCAACUGAAUGGAUUCAUUGAGUUUUGGUGGAAAUAACUCUAGAACAAAUUGUCCGUCCUGUAUACAAAAUAAUUAUAGUAAAAAUGACAAAUUACAUGACCAUGAGUGCACUUGUAAAAUAUAUAGUGUGCAAUUAACUCAACUCCGACGUCUAAAGAAAGAUACUCCGAGAGAAAAAAAAGACGCAAAGUAUUACGAAAAGAGAAAAAGAAACAACAUGGCAGCUAAAAAGUCCAGAGAGGCCAAACGUAGAAGAGACAAUGAAAUGGCAUUGAAAUUAUUUAUUUUAGAAAAAGAAAAUAUGUUGUUAAAGUUCCGACUAAGCACAGUAACUGAAGAACUUGAAAUUAUAAAGAGAACAUUAGUUUUUUACAAUACAAAUCAAGUUAUUUGGACAAAUAACGUCUUACCACCUUUUCAAAACAAAUAACUACUAAAUUAAAAUAUGAAAAUGUGAAUAUCUACA